UACUGCAUUCUGAGGAAUGUCAAAUAGCUCAAUCUCAGUAUCUGCUCCCAGUAUUUUUUGUUUGUUUUGUUUUUUUUAUAUCAUUCUUCUGGAUGCCAUUCUCACGUCUCUUUGUGCUGUUUUGUCUGUUGCAGACUGCUGCCAAGCUAAAGAUCAGUAUAUUGAGCAGUUUAAAGACACUCUGAAUACUACAGUGGCCAAAUCCAUUGCUGGAUUUUUCGUAGAGCCUAUUCAAGGGGUGAAUGGAGCUGUUCAGUACCCAAAGGGGUUUCUAAAGGAGGUCUUCAAGCUGGUGCGAGAUCGAGGAGGUGUAUGCAUCGCAGAUGAAGUGCAGACAGGAUUUGGAAGAUUGGGCUCUCACUUCUGGGGCUUCCAGACCCAUGACGUCCUGCCAGACAUUGUCACCAUGGCUAAAGGGAUUGGGAAUGGCUUUCCCAUGGCAGCAGUUGUAACAACUUCAGAGAUUGCCAAGUCUCUGGCUAAACGCCUGCUUCACUUCAAUACCUUUGGAGGGAACCCCCUGGCCUGUGCCAUUGGGUCAGCUGUACUUGAGGUAAUUAAAGAAGAAAAACUCCAGGAAAACAGCCAAGAAGUUGGCACCUAUAUGUUACUGAAGUUUGCUAAGCUGCGGGAUGAGUUUGAAAUUAUUGGAGAUGUACGAGGCAAAGGUCUAAUGAUGGGAAUAGAGAUGGUGUCCGAUAAGACAAGCCGCCAACCUCUUCCCCGUGAAGAAGUAAAUCAGAUCCACGAGGACUGUAAACAAAUGGGGCUCCUAAUUGGUCGUGGAGGCAUCUUUUCCCAGACAUUUCGCAUUGCUCCCUCAAUGUGCAUCACUAAAUCGGAAGUUGAUUUUGCAGUAGAAGUAUUUCGUUCUGCCAUAAUCCAACACAUGAAGAGAAGAGAUAAAUAACUAUUUGAAAAAAUAAAAUUAGCAUGAGCCUCAAGAAUUUCCCAAGGCCAUGUGAAAUAGCUCACUUGGGCAGUGUGCUGUUUUACCAAGUGCACAACCCAGGGUUUGAGCCUGGACCCCUGCCACACUGAAGGAAGCUCCAGUGCUGUGAUCUCUCUCUCUCUGCCUCUCUACUUUGUCUCUAUCUAAAAAUAGAUGAUUGAUAGAUAAUGGAUGAUGAUAAAUAGAUAGAUGAUAAAUAGAUGAUGGAUAGAUAGUAAAAGUUUCCUAAGAAUUAGUGAAAAAAAUCCCAGAACCAUUGGUAUGAAUUAUCAAUGUCUAUAAAUUAGACUGUCUGCCAGUCAUUUCUAUGACUAUAACUUCUAUUACAAACCACUAUGCCUCACUCUGAAAAUAAAGCCUAACUAGUCUAGGUCAUUUACAGUAAUUUGCAGUGAUUGGUCUACAUACAAUAUGUGACAUAUUCGUUUGCACCGUGAAUCCCUAGGGAAAAUCUUUUUAAUGGAGGUAUCUUCUUUCAGUAAGGGCUUCUGUACCCUUCACUCUUAAUCUAUAGAAGAAAUGUCUUCUUCUUGCACUGAAGCAUCAUAUAUUAUGAUGGAAUUUCUCAAACCACCUUAGCUAUUUGAGGACCUUGAAGACUAAGAUUAAUAAUAGAGAUUGGAAGGUAGAAGGCAAAUGAAUCACUGACUCAGUCCUAGAGUCACUUUACCUUAGAAAUUCUUGUAUACAAAAUAAUAAAUUCUCUGUAUUUCAUAA